AAGAGACAACGUAGUGCUCUGGGUAUUGGGUUUGCUGAGCCUAUUGACGAUCCUUGUCUCGAUCGCGGCUCAUGGUCGAGCUGCUCUCGCUACCGCUUCCUCUUGGCGGAAUGUGCGGGUCCAUGGUUCGUUCCUUCGCUAGUUAUCCAUCAUCACUCAACCACUCCAUCAGAACACUCAAUCUAUCCCGCAACCCGUCACCACUUACAACAUUGCCAUGAUGGGGUUUUUCGAUCUGCCCCAAGAGUUACGAGAUGAGAUUUAUACCUACUAUGCUGCCCAGGAUGGCGGCUAUCUCUACAAUCAGCGCACGCGCAGGCUAUGCACAGCCAACGGCGAUCCAAUUGAUCUCUCAUUCAUGCAAACCUGCAGUCGGGUAGCCCACGAGUUGAGACCGGUCAUCUUCCAAACGAAUACCGUCACUUUCCGGACGGGAUGGGUCGACCGUGAGACGAGCGACAGAGCCGCGUCCUUUGCAACUGCUCUGGAAUGGAUCUAUACGAAGUCCGCCUACCAACUAUACAGGGUUCGUAAAAACAUCACCGACGAUAUGAUUGAGCGUGCCGGAGUGAACUUUCCCCAAUGUCUCCCGCUGCUUUACCGCCUUCGCGGAGGUCAUGCUAGGAUUGCACCGACCCCUUUGCAAAUGGUGCAUGACUGGAGACUCUGGUGUCAUUCACCUUCAACUCAUCGUAGAUUCAUCAAGUUCAUGCUGGCCCUGGGAAAGGGGACAAAGAGGUGGUGGGAGUUUUGGAAAGAUGACGAGGUUCUCGGGCAGCGGCCUGAACAACCGAAUGUCGCAUCACUGCUCGUUGGGAUCCCUGACCCUUGGAUGAUACCCAACGCAGCAGAUAUCGCCUCGCUGAAAGAACAAUGCAUCUGCUGGAGUUCGCCAAAGAGAUACAGUCCCAUGUAUGACGACGGUCCCACCAAACGCUACUUUUCCGCAGCUGCGCUUGCCAUACAAUUUCUCAAUGGUCUGGACCCGAGCAUUCUAUCCGCUAUCCGCAAUGUUGUGCUUGAUGAAGUCCAUGCCAGUGUAGCAAAUCCGGAGUGCCAUGGCCUGGGUCUGGUUAGCAUUAUGGAACAGUGUCCCCGCAUCAGUAUUAGUCGCCAAGUGGAUACAAAGACUACCGCCAUCACCGGCAACGUCGGUCAGCCCUAUUUCGGGCAACUUGUAGAUCGCUACAAAGAUGGGCAAACCUGGGACAUCGACGGAAAGAUAGACCGAGUGCGCGUCUCUCAGGCCUUCGCGCGGUGGUUCGAGGAAGCCGUUGCUCUCUCAUCGAAAUUGUCUCCCGAUCGCUUUUCUCUGACCUUUCACUCCAGGAACACGGCAAGUACACUCGCUCUCCUAGAGCAAAUGCUCGAGGAUGCCAAGUGGCAAAGAGCACUCGAACCGCUCGCUGCGCGUCCUAUAAGCCCGCUUAGUCUCAUGGAUAGUUGCUGCUUCUUCUCCGAAUCAUUUGCACACGUCAUGCGAGAGAUACAACAACGCGGAGGCAAUGUCCGUUUCGACAUAGGCAACUUGAGCGCCUGUGAUAGUAGUACGCCAAUCCCAGUCGACCAGGAAAGCACGCCGGCCCAAACAGGAGGGCAUUGGAUUGCAAAAUUUCAGGGUACGUAUAUCGAGCCAUUGCCGUAUUGCGGCCGCAAGGACUUACUACAGGAAUACACGGAGGACGAGGUGCAAGACUAAGAAUUGCGCAUCACCUGCCAUUUUACUAGCUACGGGCGGAACGCGCUGUGCUGACGCGUGCACGAACGCGGAACCCUGAGACCCCGCGUGAGCACGUGAUUGGUGCCUGAUGCUGGCGCCGCUAGUGGUCCAUGACCAUUGCGGCCUCCACCGUUCUGCAAUCAUACCCCACCGACUCUUGCAUCGUAGGGAAGCUAUCUAGCUACAUUGUCGCCAUGCAGAUCGCCCAAGUCGAAGUGCCCGCCGAGGUUGUCGGGAUCAUUGCACAUCAUCUAUUCUGCCUCGAAGGUAUGCAGGGAACGUGGAAGCUGCGUCUCGUUU